CCAGUGGGUGGCGGCGGCUGUGAGGGUGCCGACUGGGAGCUGUUUUUGGAAAGAAGAAAGAUGGAAAGUGGUGCAGUUCUGCUGGAAUCCAAAUCCUCACCACUUAACCUUCUGCAUGAAAUGCAUGAGCUACGCCUUCUCGGUCACUUGUGUGAUGUGACAGUCAGUGUGGAGUAUCAGGGUGUCCGUGAAGACUUCAUGGCCCACAAAGCAGUGCUGGCAGCCACCAGCAAGUUUUUUAAGGAAGUAUUCCUCAAUGAGAAGAGUGUGGGUGGUACGAGGACUAAUGUGUAUUUAAAUGAAGUGCAAGUUGUUGACUUUGCUUCAUUUCUUGAGUUUGUCUACACUGCUAAGGUACAGGUGGAAGAAGAUCGGGUGCAGCGAAUGCUGGAAAUGGCUGAAAAGUUAAAAUGUUUGGACUUAUCAGAAACUUGUUUUCAAUUAAAGAAACAGAUGUUAGAGUCGGUGCUUUUGGAGUUGCAGAAUUUCUCAGAAUCUCAGGAGGCAGAGGUGAGCAGUGGCUCCCAAGUCAGUGUUGCUCUGGACUCCAGGGCAAGUGAGGCCCUGGACAGUCCUCAAUCCAGUGUCCUUGCGGAUUCCUCAGACUACCCGGUAGAGAGAAUCAGCAACGGCAUGUCGCCAGAUAUGUCACUGAGGAAGUCCAAGGAGAAACUAGACAAGAAGAAAGAGGUAGUUAAGCCUCCCUACCCUAAAAUCAGAAGAGCUAGUGGAAGGCUGGCUGGAAGAAAAGUAUUUGUGGAAAUCCCUAAAAAGAAAUACACAAGAAGACUUCGAGAGCAGCAGAAAAGUGCUGAGGAUGAUGAUGUGGGGGACUGCGGGUGUCCCCAGGACCAAAGCCCAGGCAGUGCUGGAAUAGAGAUGGAGCCAGUUACAAAAGAUGAGGGCUGCAGUGCUGGUGCGGACUUAGAGGAAGUGUUGCCAAAAGCAGCGGGGGAGGAGGAAGAGGAGGACGAGGGGGAGCAGAAGAAGAGCAACUUCAAGUGCACCGGUUGCGAGAAAGCCUUUCUGUAUGAGAAGAGCUUCCUGAAGCACAUCAAGCACCAGCACGGAGUAGCCACCGAGGUGGUUUACCGCUGCGAUACCUGUGGCCAGACCUUCGCCAACCGCUGCAACCUGAAGAGCCACCAGCGCCAUGUGCACAGCAGUGAGCGCCACUUCCCGUGCGAGCUGUGCGGGAAGAAGUUCAAGCGCAAGAAGGACGUGAAGCGGCAUGUGGUGCAGGUGCACGAGGGCGGCGGCGAGCGGCACCGCUGCGGCCAGUGUGGAAAGGGCCUGAGCUCCAAGACGGCGCUGCGGCUGCACGAGCGGACGCACACGGGCGACAGGCCCUACGGCUGCACCGAGUGCGGCGCCAAGUUCUCGCAGCCCUCGGCGCUGAAGACGCACAUGAGAAUUCAUACAGGGGAAAAACCUUUUGUCUGUGAUGAAUGUGGUGCAAGAUUCACUCAGAACCACAUGCUGAUUUAUCAUAAAAGGUGUCACACAGGUGAAAGGCCUUUUAUGUGUGAAACAUGUGGCAAGAGUUUUGCUUCUAAGGAGUACUUAAAACAUCACAAUAGAAUCCAUACUGGAUCCAAACCCUUUAAAUGUGAAGUAUGUUUCAGGACUUUUGCCCAGCGGAAUUCACUUUACCAGCAUAUGAAAGUCCACACAGGGGAACGUCCCUAUUGCUGUGACCAGUGUGGUAAGCAGUUUACCCAGCUCAACGCUCUCCAGCGCCACCAUCGAAUCCACACGGGAGAGAAGCCAUUUAUGUGUAAUGCGUGUGGACGGACGUUUACCGACAAGUCCACUCUUCGGCGGCACACCUCAAUACAUGAUAAGAAUACUCCAUGGAAGUCUUUCCUUGUAAUUGUAGAUGGCUCACCCAAGAAUGAUGAAGGGCACAAGACUGAACAGCCUGAUGAAGAAUAUGCAUCGUCCAAACUUUCAGAUAAAUUGCUGUCUUUUGCAGAAAAUGGCCACUUUCACAACCUGGCUGCAGUCCAAGGCAGUGUACCUACCAUGCAUGAAAACAGCUCUGCAGACACAGCCUGCAAGUCCGACGACUCCGUGGUGUCCCAGAAUGCUCUGCUCGCCACCACCAUCAGUGAGCUCAGUGAGCUGACUCCACAGACAGACUCAAUGCCCACACAGUUUCACUCUUUGACCAACAUGGAAUAAGAGCUUGAAUUUAUAUGCCCAUCUUGUCAGUCUUUGCAUGUGAUAGCUGUGCUCAGGAUAACGCCAGGGGCUAAGAGCUGUCCAUGUUCAAAGAUGUGGACAAGAAUGGUCUCAGGUUUUCCUGAACUUCUAAUAACUUGCACGUCUUUAUCACAGCAUUUUUAAAGCUUUCCCUUAAAAAUCCUGAUCUGCAUGAUCUUAGCUACACUUUUAUCAACAAGGCAGUUAACAUAGCCUCACUUAAUUCUGGUGUAGGUUGUAUGCAUUAAUCAUUCUACUGCUUGAUUAUUUUGAUGUUUAGACAACUGCUUGUCUUAAUUGCAGAGUACAGAGCAUUGAUCCAGCUCAUGAAUGAAAUUGCUGUUAAUGGUCCUCCUGGUCUCUCACCCUGCCUUACACUUCCAUGUAGAUUUACUUCUCUGAUACUUAUAGGGUAUCUUUCUACCAAGCUGAAAUAAAACUGGGGCCAUGUAAUUUCAACUGUUUCUUCCCUGUCCAAUUGGAGCAAAUCAGAUUUGCCCUGGGGACCCUCGAAUGGGACUGAAGAAAUGGAUUACUGCAUUCAUUCCCCUGCCCCCCAUUUGUAGGCACUAAAAAAGGAAUGACAAAUUGGACACUUGCAAAACUACUUAGUAUAAUCUCUACUCACAGCACAUAUGUAGCUAGGAAAAUUGUCAAAGUCAACUUUUGAAAUGAGACGUGGCUGUUCAGUUUCAUUCUUAAAAAUCGGAUUAGGUAAAAGCUUCCUACCAAAGAGCAAACAGGAUAGUAUUUUUGCAAAGACGUGUCAAAAAAUAAGCAAGAGGCUUUAAAGUACUUGAAUGUGUGUAGUCUUUUUUUUUUUUUUUUAACAAAGUAAGGUGAUCGUGGCAAAUCUUAGAACACAGAGCAUUAGUAUUUUUGCCAGGCUUUUCUGACUUGAUCUCUGUCACUUCUAGAAACCCAGACUUCCUCAUUUCCACAUUUAGAGAUUUAAAAAGACCAGUAAUUGCCACAUGUCUGUUUUCUUGGGAGCAUGUGAGAAUACAGCAGAAGGGACCAGAAGCCUCGGCACACUUAUUUCUGAUUAUGCCUUAAAGUGGAUUGUGAAGAACCAGCAACGUCUUAAAUGCUCCUUUGGCUAUCUCAUGCUGGACUUAAUUACUGCUCAAAAUUUCACAAUGAAAAGAUGAUUCUGCUGUAUGUGCUAAACCUGACGUUUGGUUCCAGGGCCUUGGGUAUGUUGCCACAUGCUUGUGAAAUGCUUUGAUGCACAUGUAAACCCUUAAACAUAUUAAUUUAAAAAGAAAAACUUAAAGCAAAUUCUUUUAUUCACCAGUUGCUUUUUUCCCUACAUUUUUAAUUUAUUAAACUUGCUGUGAAAACACUGGUUUUCUGAGAGGAAGUUACUUUUUAAGUUCCAGGAGAAGAUAUAGCUGCACUAUGCCAGAAACUGAUGAGGGAAGAUGUUCUUCCGAAGUACCUAUUUUGACUUAUGUUCAGAGUAAACAGUGACGCCACUACAGGUGUUUCAGGCGCUGAUAACAUGUUUCACACCUGCUCUUGAAGUUCGCAGUGCUGAAUUACUUCAGUUAUGACAAUGUUAUUGUGUCCUAGUUGUUUACAAAAGAUAGACCAUCAAACCAUAUUAAUCUUGGUAACUGGAGACUGAACUUGCCCAGCUGAUGUACUGUUUUAUGGAAUAAAGUCAUCUUGAUGAGAAGGAAUUUAAGCAAUAGAUUAUUUUCUUACCUACUGGA